AUGGAUCAUGAAGAAGAAACCUUACGCAAACAGAAUAGACAUUUAUUUGAAGAACUAAGUCAAGAUAAUAGUUCAGAAGAUUCUUAUUAUCAGAUAACUACUAUUGAUAUAAUUACUAUAACUGAUAUGACUACAGCUGAUACAAUAAUUACUAUAACUGACACUACUAAUUUCAUGACAAGAGACAAAUUAGCAAAAUUGGAAGCACAUUUAGCGAAUGAAUAUACUCCAUGUCCUGAUGUAAUAUCACGAUAUUGGCAUAACAAAGUUGCUGAAUAUAGUCUAAGUUAUAUGCAUAACUCAAAAAACCAAGUUUUACCAUCACCAUUUUUCCAAAUAAUAAUCAACUCUUAUUAUAUAUCCAAUCAUCCUUUACCAAAUACAACUAUUCACUGA